AAAAAAAACAAUAAGAAAUGAGUGAAGUCAAUCAAUAUAAAAAAUCAACUUUUGUUUUUUAUAAAUAAAUAUUUAAUAUUUAUCAGUUCAGUUUGCAUUAAAAAUUGUAGAAACUAUUUAUUAUUUGGCAUUUAACACAUAAUUGUGGUUAAUUUUAUCAUUAUCAAACACCAUAAUGGAUUUCGAAAGUCCAGACGUUGAAAAAGAUUUUCCUGGAUUAUAUGCCUCGGAAGCAGGACGUAAAAGCAAUGAAAGUGACUUCAGUGAUGGAGGUGAUCAUGAGAAGCCAAGCAAAAAGGAUUUAUUGGGACGCCGUAAGGACAAAAAAGAAUCUAAAAAGGAUAGAGGUUAUGCUGCACUAGAAGGAGAAAGCUCACCAGAAGAGGAUACCGAUACUAAAAGUCCUUCUAAAUCGAAAAAGACAAAAUCUUUCAAGUUCCCAACUAAAAGUAAAGAAAAACGCGAAAAAUCGCGUGAUAAGGAGAAAGUGCUAGAAGAUGCGGCAAAACAAAAAGAACAAAAUGAAAAGGAAAGGAAAAAAGAAAAAGAAAAGGAGAAGGAAAAAGAAAGAGAAAAGAAGGAAAAGGAGAGGAAAGAAAAGGAAAAACGUGAGAAGAUGAAGGAGAAAGAUAAGGAAAAAGAAGAAAAAGCUAAAUUCAAAUUGGAAUCAAAGGAGAAACUGAAGGAUGAGAAGAAAGAGAAAACAAAAGACAAAGAAAAGGAAAAAGUAAAAGAGAAGGAAAAGGAGAAGGUGAAGGAGAAGGACAAGGAUAAGAAGGAUAAGAAAUUGACUAAAGUGCCAUCCACAGUGACCUCUGGUGUUCCAUUUGAGGAAAUAUUUACUUUGGGCGUGGCGCUCCCGAUCUUCGGCGUUCCCCUGCACCAGUCGGUGGAGCGGUCGAGAUGUCACGACGAUACCGGCCUGCCGCUUAUUGUACGUGACAGUAUCGAUUUCCUGCAGGCGCAUGGUAUCAAGUCGAACCAGAUUUACCGAGCGGAGCCCGACAAGAUAAAGCUGCAGCAACUGCGCAAACUGUUCACGGACCGCGGGCCGACGUUCCCGUACCACUGGGACGUGCCCGUCGCUUGUGCUAUGCUCAAGGCAUUCAUUAGUGAACUACCAGAAUCGAUAUUAACACAAGAGCUACACGGACAGUUUGAGCAAGCGACCGCAAUGGCCGAGCCACAACGCGAAGCCACCAUCAUAUCUCUGUUAGGGAAACUGCCUGCCUGCAACCAUAACCUAGUCGGGUGGCUGAUGAGGCACUUCGAGAGUGUAGUGACUAAUGAACAGGUGAACCAUGUGAAUAUACAAACCAUAUCGAGUGUGAUGGGUCCGGCUCUGAACAUGUCGUUGAACCUGCUCACAUACUUCAUCACCAAAGCUGAAAAACUGUUCCCAGAUGUACAGCUCACCAAAUAUGUUCCGCCACUGCAAGCCCUGCCGGCGGACUUCCCGCAGUCCGCCGCCGAGAUGAGCGCGGAACUCCGCAAGCAGGAGUCGCUACUGAGUCAGAUCCACGCAGAGAUGCACGCCGGCUUCAUCACGCAGGCUCGCGACCAGCAACUGUGGGAGGCGCAGCGAAUAGUCACACAGCUCAAGAGGAAACUGAGGACAGUCCAGAAAUCUGUGGAACCGAACUCUCUGCCGCCGCAACCGUCAGUCGAUGACAAAACAGAAGAAGAUAUUGUAAGACGAAAUUCACAACCAAACGACGCACACCUUGAAGAAAUUAAAACUCAUUCAGUGAAAACCCCAUCUACCGACGCAUUCCAAGAUAUAAAAGAAUCACCACAACUACCGGAUCCGAAGUUCGAAGCGGAAUUCGAAGAUAAUUUCGAUUUCAAAAUGGAAAAAGAGAAGGAAACCCUCGCAGAAGACCCGCCUCCAUCAGAACCUGUCAUCGAAAAGCCAAAACUUACAGAGAAAGAGGUAAAACUUCUCAGACUUCAAUUGGAGAAUGCUGAGUAUUUGCAGCUAAAAUCACUGUUGCAAGCGAAAAUAAACUCUGAGCAGUUCGAAAUAGUGAAGCUUAGGAGUCAAGAGAAAGUCGCUUUAAAGAAGCAGGAAGGAGUCUGUAAGGAAAAUAAAGAGAAUCACACACCAGAAGAUCAGGAAUUGAAGCAAAGACUGAUAAAGGAGAAUGCCAUGUUGGAGCAGAAAAGACUGAGCUUAAUCAAUCAAAUAUUCCAAGAGAGGGUGGCGUGUGUGCAAUUGAAAAUAGAAUUAGCCAUGAAAGAAGUAUUGUCGAAGUCUUAAUUAUAAAUAUAGUAUUUAUUUUUGUUGACACAACUAAUAUAUUAUUGUGAUCUGUAUUUUAGCUUUAAGAUGAUUAAAGAAGUCUGAAACAUU